AAGAAAUUAGAGGAUCAAGAAUUACAGAAUAAGAAAUUAGAGGAUCUAGUAUUGAAAUAUAUGAAAUCAGAAGAUCAAGAAUUGGAAAAUAUGAAAUUUAAAAUUAAAGACUUGGAAGGUAUAAAAUUAGAAGAUCAAGAAUUGGAAGAUAAAAAACUCAUGGAAAUUGGAGAUAUAGAAAGGGGAAAUAAUGUAACUGCAGAUGGUGAUGAAAUGAGUGAAAGUACAGAAAUUAAUGGUAGUGGGGACGAUCAAACAGAAGGCGGAGAUGGUGAGCCUGGAACAUUACAAUCUGCCAAGUUGAUCAAAGAGCCUAAGACUCCAACAAAAUUUCCAUUGAGUCCAUCAAAAGCAUUCCCAAAGAAAAAAGUGAGAAAUGCAAGUAAAAGUGAAAAUAAGUCAAGCAGGGUCCACCAUACAGGGUUACGGGUACUAUAUACUGCUGGAAGACCACCUUGGUAUAAUACACAUGGAGAACUUAAAGAUGCUUUUGUGAUAGGUGUGUGUGGUGGCAGUGCAUCGGGUAAGACAACAGUUGCCAACAGAAUCAUUGAAGAAUUAGAUGUACCGUGGGUCAGUUUAUUAAGCAUGGAUUCUUUCUACAAGGUGUUAGGAGAGAAGGAGCAUGAAGCAGCUAACAGAAAUGAGUACAACUUUGAUCAUCCUGAUGCCUUUGACUUUGAGCUGCUCACCAAAACACUGAGAAGACUGCGUGUUGGAAAGAAAGUCGAUGUACCAGUGUAUAAUUUUGUCUCCCACAGCAGAGAACCUCAAUGUAAAACAAUAUAUGGGGCAAAUGUAGUGAUAUUUGAAGGUAUAAUGGCCUUCACGAACAAAGAUUUAUUACCUCUGAUGGAUCUGAAAGUGUUUGUAGACACAGAUAGUGAUAUACGCCUAGCUAGACGUAUGAAACGUGACAUAUCAGAGAGAGGCAGAGCACUGGAAGGUGUUCUCAAACAGUAUAACAAAUUUGUCAAACCAGCAUUUGAACACUGGAUUGCCCCAACAAUGAGUUGUGCAGAUAUUAUUGUGCCUAGGGGUGGUGAAAACAGAGUAGCAAUAGAUCUGAUUGUACGUCAUGUACACACACAGCUGAACAAAAGAGGAUUUUGUCUCCGUCAGAUAAUGGCUAAUGCGGGUAACAAUGGUCAUCCUCCACCAUCCUCUCUACAGGUGCUACAAACUACUCCACAAGUUAGAGGAAUACAUACAUUUAUCAGGAACAAAGAGACGGCUAGAGAUGAGUUUAUAUUUUAUUCCAAACGAUUGAUGAGACUGCUGUUUGAAUAUGCAAUGAAUUUUCUACCUCAUAAGAAAGUCAGUAUUGAGACAGUACAGGGUGUACCAUAUGAAGGUUACAGACUUGACACCAAAAAGAUUGUUGGUGUAUCAAUUUUACGAGCUGGGGAAACAAUGGAACAAGCGCUAUGUGAAGUUUACAAGGAUAUCACAAUAGGCAAGAUACUGAUACAGACCAAUCUGGAUACAGGCGAACCUGAGCUACAUUACUUGCGCUUGCCUAAAGAUAUUAAAGAAUCUCAUGUGAUGUUGAUGGACGCAACUGUAGCUACAGGAGCAGCAGCCAUGAUGGCUAUACGGGUGCUACUGGACCACGAUGUUCAAGAAGAAAAUAUCAUUCUACUCUCAAUGCUCAUGGGGGAUUCAGGAGUUCAUUCUAUAGCAUAUGCAUUCCCGAAGGUAAAGCUUGUUACUACAGCAGUUGAUAAGGAGGUGAAUGAGAAGUUCCACAUAGUUCCAGGCAUUGGUAAUUUCGGUGAUAGAUAUUUCGGAACAGACUACUACGAGAAAGAGGAAUUGUCCUGAUGAAGUAUGUCAACUAUGUGCUAUAAUCAUCAUUAUAAUCAUCAAUCAUCAAUUAUUAUCAUCAUUGGGAACUGAUACAAGAAAUUUCUCUCGAAGCAACAUAUCUUAACAUCGUGUAUUCAGUCAUGUAAUAAUAAGAUCAUUCAUAAUUUUUCAGUUCACUUCUUUGCACUGACUGAUUACAAUUAUUAUUAUAUAUGUUCCCAUAGGUAAUUGUUUGACAUAUUAUUUUUCUGUCCUGUUGCUCGAUAUAAGCUCAUCUGUUAUGGCAAAAUCUAUUUAUGAUCAAUGCGUUGUUUAAUUUUGCCUAUUACUAAAAACAUUUUGAAAGAUAUCAACAUUAAACCUUCUUAUCAAGAUAAGGGACAGUUUUAAGACAAUGGGCAUUAUUCUGAAAGCUAUGUUUGUGGGUUAUGCCCCUUUUUUAAUGUAGAAUAUUUGUAAAUUUUGGUUAUUUAUAUAUUGAAAAAGUUUUGACAACUUAUAAAUAGAUUGUUCUUAUUCUAGGCAAACAUUGAAUGUGGUGCUCGUGUUAUUACAGUAAUUAUCAAAAUAACUAUUGUAUUAUCAUCAUCAUUAUCAUCAUCGUUAUCAUCAUCAUCAUGCACUUGAAUAAUAAGCAUUGCACCAAAAUUUAUUUGAUAAGGUUUUUGCUUACAUUUUAAAUAAACUUUGAACAGACAUUGAUGCUAACAGGUUAAAUAACAACUGUUUUAUGUUGUAUGUAUUGGACUUGUAGUACCAUUUUCAUUGUCAUCACUUAUCAUCAUUAUUACCAUAUUCUUUGAUUGAUUUUUCAUCAUUUCACAAAACAACAUAAUAAUUGACAACAUUUUUUUUUAUUAUUUUUUGUUUUAUUCAUUGACACUCGCGAGAGGAGUUGGCUGUAUUCUGAAAUAGGAUGAUAAUAAAUCAUUUUGAAGGUAGACAGACACAGUGACUCUCAUUUUGAUUUUUUUAAUGCUGUUGAAACAGAAAUACAAGCCGGGUUGUUUUAAAUCCGACUUAUAAUCUUGACAAAAUCAUCCA